GUACUGUGCUUGAUCCCCGGCAAUGGGAGCCAGGCGACUUUUGCGUUGUGUCUCUGUGAUCUGGCGGCCGGAGCUGGGGUCUUGCGCACGGCAGAGGCAUGCCGGCUUCGGCACCGAGGCCCGGCGUCCGCCUCAACCUCACCGCUCCAGCAAGCGCAAGGACCUAGUCGAGGACCAGCCCUUCCCGGGGCUGCUGAGGACAGAGAACCUAGGCCUGGAGGAGCUGACUCACGUCCUGAGGGCAGCUGUGGUGGAUCAGAAAGGACCUCUGGUGACACUGAACAAGCCACAGGGUCUGCCUGUGACAGGGAGACCAGGAGAGCUGACUCUGCUAUCUGUGCUGCCGCAGCUGAGCCAGGCCCUGGGGCUCGAUCACCAGGAGCUCCAGGUUGUGCGAGCACCUGGGAAGGAGGCCUCCGGGCUUGUGCUCCUCUCCAGCUGUCCCCAGACAGCAAGCCGUCUGCAGAAGUUCUUUACCCACUCAAGAAGAGCCCAGAGACCCACAGCCACCUACUGUGCCGUCACUGAUGGCAUCCCUGAGCCUUCAGAGGGGACAGUCCACAUGCCUCUGAAACUGGAACGUAUGGAUGGCAUUGAUCUUACAGUCCCAGUGAUGUCCCCAUCUCGAAAGGACAUUCAGGAAGGUGUCAAAAGGACCCUCAGCCGUUUCCAUGUGAUGGCCUCAGGCCGUGGCUGUGCCCUGGUCCAGCUGCAGCCACUGACAGUCUUCCCCAGUCAGCUGCAGGUACACAUGGCUCUACAGCUCUGCCCAAUUCUUGGGGACCACACCUAUGCUGCUCGUGUGGGCACCGUCCUGGGCCAGCGCUUUCUGUGGCCAGCCGAGACCACCAAGCCCCAGAAACAGGGGAGUAAGAAGACAGGCUGAGCUGAACAGCACAGGGAGACUAUCAGAUAAGACACAAUGUGGGACAGAGCUACAGGCUGGCCAGCCUGGCCUCCAAAGGUAGGAGCCAAGGAGGAAACCGUUCUGGAUCAAAAGAGAUCAGAGAGACAAAGCUACCAGUGUGCCCACCUGGCACACACCAGCCUCAGAGGCAGAUCAGUAAGAAAAGAUGGCCUCGGACAAAGGACAUCGGAAAAAGGCCGGGCUGAAUCUUCCCCGGCAUCCAGCCAUUCGGUGUUUUGUUUAUUCUGAAGCAAGGCUUUAUGUAGCCUCAAGCGCACUAUAUAGCCAAGGAUGACCUUAAACUCCUGAUCCUCCUGCCGCAGACUCCUAAGUGCUGGGGUUUCAGGUAUGUGUUUGAUGCCUUGUGAAAAUUCUGAUCGAUUUUGAAUGGCAAGGACUCCAUCUCCCCUUUCCUCUGCCCUCUUCCAUGGUUUCGCUGUCUGUUUGUUACAGGGUCUCACUGUAAAGUCCCAGCUGAACUGACAUUGGCUAUGUAAGCCAGCCUGACUGUGAACUUAUGUAUUAGAGAUGUAUAUGUACACCUGCUUAUAUUUCCUCCUUUAUGGUUUUUAAAACUGAAGCUAUUACCCAAUAGUACUACACAUGCCUAGCGUGCAGGGCCCUGAAUUCCAUCCCUAACACCUAGGAUAAUGUCCUUAACAAAAACUACACCCUAUUGUCAACACGUUAUUCUAAGACUGUGGCUCUCAACCUUUCUAAUGCUUGAAUACAGUUCCUCAUAUUGUGGUGACUCCCCCCAACCACAAAAUUA